AUGUUUAAAAAUUUAAAAGAAAAGUUAGCAACUCAAGUUACUAAAACAAAUUUAAAUGUAUUACCGAGCAUUCCAUCAUCUGAUUCAGUAUCUAUAUCAAGAGAUUCUGAUACUCGAACAUCUUCAAUUACUAGUCGAGAUGAUAAUCUUGAAAAUAAUCGUUCUCGAUUAGAUUCAGCUUCAAGUGAUAUCAGUCAAUUUAGUGUUAGUCAAAGUUCUAAUUCUAUCAUGACUUAUGUAUCACCACAACGUACUUAUAUGCCACCAUCGGAUAUUGAAUCUGAAUAUGGUGGUGGUGGUGAUGAGAGUGAUCAUGAAAAUAAUGCUAAAAUGAUAAAAAUGCAAAAAUUACUUGCUAUUUAUAAGAAUAAAUUUAAUCAAUUGAAAAAUGCUUAUGAUGAAGUUGAACGAGAAAAAGAACAUAUUAAAAAUAUUUUACAACAAUAUCAAGAUACAUCAAUGAAACGACUUUCAGAAUUACGUGAACAGACUAAACUUGAUCGACAAGCUAAAGAACAACUUGAAUGUUUACAUCAAAAAGAAAUACGAAAACGAGAAAAUAGAAUUGAAGAACUUACAUUAAAACUUACCGUACAACAAGAUCUCAUUCAAUUACCUCAUGAAACAGAUCAUGAAGAAAUUCAAAAACUUCGUGAAAAGAAUUACAAAUUUGAAGCAUUAUUUAAUCAAUGUAAACAUGCUAUAAAAACUCAUCAAGACAAACAAACUGAAUUAACGAAAGAACGUGAUGAUCUUCUUCAAAAAUUAAAUGAAAAACAAACCGUUAUUGAAUCCAUGAUGAAAGCAACUUCAAAAGGAGAAGAUCAUUUCAGUUUGAAGCAUUUUGUAAGAAAUAUUAUGGAUCGUCAUUCAGACGAAAUAUCAACAUCAUCAGUGGAAGUUCAAGAACAUUUUGAUUCGGAUAUAAGUCUUUUAUUACAAGAUAAACAACGUUUACAAGAACAAUUAGAAUUAUCAAAUCUUCAUAUUCGACAACUUGAAAAUGAACGUGAUUUAACAAAACAACAAAUUAAAAUUGAUGAAGAUAUUAAAGAAAAAUAUGAAAAUUUAUUAAUUAAAUUUAAUGAAAAAUUAGAUUAUAUCGAACAAUUAAUUAAUGAUAAAACAAAACUUGAAACAACAAAUGAAGAAUUUCAAAAACAAAUUCAAUCACUUCAACAAGAUAUAAAUCAAUAUACAGAUCUAAAUCUUAUUUUAUCAAAUCAACAAAUGAAUAUUUCUUAUUUAACUGAAGAUUUAAAUAAUUUACGAGCAAUGAUAAAAAAUAUUGAAAAUAUUCUUCCAUCGAAUGAAUCAAUAGAUUUAUUCGAAAGAGUUCAACAAUUAAUUUAUGAUCAUCAAAAUAUUUCUCAAGAAAUUAAUAAUGAAAAACAACAAAAUAAACAAUAUUUCACCACUAUUGAUAAUCUUAAAAAUGAAUAUGAAAAUCGAAUUAAUGAAUUACAACAAACAAAACAACAAUCGAUAGAUGAUGAAGUUAAUCAACUUAAAACUUCUCUCACAAAAUUACAACAAGAUUAUGAUGAAUCUUUUACUAAUUGUACUCAAUUAAGACAAACACUUGAAAAUCAACAACAAGAACAUUUAGAACAAACUACAAAACUUAUCAAUGAAAAGCAACAUGAAUUUAAUAUCAAUAUCCAACAACUACAAGAAGAAAAUCAUCAUCUUAAAUCUCAAAUUGAAGAAAUUGAAAAGUUAAAAGAUUCAUCAAUUCAGUCGUUACAAGAUCAAUAUCAAAAAUCAAUUGAAAUACUAAACUCACAAAUUGAACAACAACAAAUAGAAAUUAAUCAACUAAAACUACAAUUAAAUCAAUAUGAAAACGAAUCUAAACAAAAAACUAUUCAUAUUGAACAACUUGAAAAUGAUUUCGAAAAUCUUAAAUUAUCACAAAGUGAAUUAACUAAGUUACAAGAAGAAUUUAAUAUUACAAAAAAACAAUUACAAGAUAAUAUACAACAACUUGAAGAAAAACAGAACGAAAUUUUACAACUUAAUUCUACUAUUAAUGACAUCAAAGUAAUAAACUCAACCAUCACCGAAGAAAAUGAACACAUUAAAAAACAAUUUGAAGAUAAACAAAAUGAAGUUCUUCAUCUUACGACUGUAAUCGAUGAAAUGAAGGUAAUCAAUGUAGAGCUCAAAAAACAAAUCGAAAACGAACUUGAAGAUAAACAUCAUGAAAUUGUGAAACUCAGUACGACAAUUAAUGAGCUAAACACAACAACCAUUGGAGAACAACAACUCAUUCAAAAUCGACUUGAAGAUAAACAAAAUGAAGUUAGUCAACUUACUGCAACUCUAAAUCACCUACAAGAAACUAAUCAAACAUUAAAUAAUAAAUGUGUAGAAUUUGAAAAACUACUUGAAGAUAAACAAAAUGAACUUCUUCACCUUACAAGUCGUAUCGAUGAAAUAAAAGCUACAAAUGCUGAAUUUAAUAAACAAAUAGAAAAUGAACUUGAAGAUAAACAAAAUGAAAUUAUUAAACUCAAUGCGACAAUUAAUGAAAUAAAUACAACAAUCACUGAAGAACAACAAGUAACUAAAAAUGAACUUGAAGAUAAACAAAAUCAAAUUGAUCAUCUUACUACUAUUAACGAAGAAAUGAAAGAGAAAUAUUCAAAAAUAACUGAAGACCUUGAACAAAUUAAAAAACAACUUGAAGAUAAACAAAAUGAAGUUCUUCAUCUUACGACUCUUAUUGAUGAAACAAAAUCAACCAAUGUCGAAAUCAAUAAACAAUUUGAAAGUAAAUUUGAAGAUAAACAAAAUGAAGUUAGUCAACUUACUACAACUCUAAAUCACCUACAAGAAACUAAUCAAACAUUAAAUAAUAAAUGUGUAGAAUUUGAAAAACUACUUGAAGAUAAACAAAAUGAACUUCUUCGCCUUACAAGUCUUAUCGAUGAAAUAAAAGCUACAAAUGCUGAAUUUAAUAAACAAAUAGAAAAUGAACUUGAAGAUAAACGUCAUGAAAUUAUUAAACUCAAUACGACAAUUAAUGAAAUAAAUACAACAACCACUGAAGAACAACAAGUGACUAAAAAUCAACUUGAAGAUAAACAAAAUCAAAUUGAUCAACUUACUACUAUUAAUGAAGAAAUGAAAGAGAAAUAUUCAAAAAUAACUGAAGACCUUGAACAAAUUAAAAGACAACUUGAUGAUAAACAAAAUGAAGUUCUUCAACUUAUAACUCUUAUUGAUGAAACAAAAUCAACUAAUGUCGAAAUCAAUAAACAAUUCGAAAGUAAAUUUGAAGGUAAACAAAAUGAAGUUAGUCAACUUAUUACAACUCUAAAUCAAUUACAAGAAGCUAAUCUAACGUUAAACAAUAAAUGUGAACAAUAUGAAAAACAACUUGAAGAAAAACAAAAUGAAAUUGAUCGUCUUACUAGCAUUACUGAUGAAAUGGAAGAGAAGAAUUCGGAAAUGACUGAAGACCUUGAACAGAUUAAAAAACAACUUCAAGAUAAACAAAAUGAAGUUGUUCAUCUUACGACUCUUAUCGAUGAAAUAAAAGCAAACAAUGUCGAGCUCAAUAAUAAAUACAAACAAAUCGAAAACGAACUCGAUGAAAAACAAAAUGAAAUCAAUAAUCUUCAAUCUAAAACUAACGAAUUACAACAAAGUAAUACAACAACCAACGAAGAAUAUGAACAAAUUCAAAUUCGAUUUACCGAAAAAGAAAAUGAAAUUAAUCGUCUUACUAAUAUCAUUAAUAAAAUCAAGACUAAUUAUGAAUUAAAUACAGAACAAUAUGAACAAAUUAAAAAACAACUUGAAGAUAAACAAAAUGAAGUUCAUCAUCUUACUACUAUUAAUGAAGAAAUGAAAGAGAAAUAUUCAAGAAUAACUGAAGACCUUGAACAAAUUAAAAAACAACUUGAAGAUAAACAAAAUGAAGUUCUUCAACUUACGAAUCUUAUCGAUCAAAUGAAUGCAAACAAUGUCGAAAUCAAUCAACAAAUUGAAAACGAUCUUGAAGAUAAACAAAAUAAAAUUAUUCAACUUACUAUAACUGUAAAUCAACUAAAAGAAACUAAUCUAACAUUAAAUAACAAAUGUGAACAAUAUGAAAAACAACUUGAAGAAAAACAAAAUGAAAUUGAUCGUCUUACUAGCAUUAUUGAUGAAAUGAGAGAGAAGAAUUCGGAAAUAACUGAAGAUCUUGAGCAGAUUAAAAAACAAUUUGACGAUAAACAAAAUGAAGUUCUUCAUCUUACGACUCUUAUCAAUCAAAUGAAAUCUACCAAUGAUGAAUUCCAUAAACAAAUAGAAAAUGAACUUGAAGAUAAACGUCAUGAAAUUAUUAAACUCAAUGCGACAAUUAAUGAACUAAACACAACAACCAUUGAAGAACAACAGCUGAUUAAAAAUCAACUAGAAGAUAAACAACAUGAAAUUACUCAACUUACUACUGCUAUAAAUCAGCAACAGGAAACUAAUCUAAUAUUGAAUAAUAAAUGUGAACAAUAUGAAAAACAACUUGAAGAAAAACAAAAUCAAAUCGAUCGUCUUACCAUCAUUAUUGAUGAAAUGAAAGAGAAGAAUUCGGAAAUGACUGAAGAUCUUGAACAGAUUAAAAAACAAUGUGACAAUAAACAAAAUGAAGUUGUUCAUCUUACGACUCUUAUUGAUGAAACGAAAGCAACCAAUGUCGAAAUCAAUAAACAAUUUGAAAGUAAACUUGAAGAUAAACACAAUACAAUUAGUGAACUUACUACAGCUAUAAAUCAACUAAAAGAAACUAAUCUAACGUUAAGUAAAAAAUGUGAACAAUAUGAAAAACUACUUGAAGAUAAACAAAAUGAAUUGAAUCAGUUAAAUGUAUCAAAUGAUGAAAUAAAAAUUAAAAAUUCAACAAUGAUUAACGAAUAUGAACAAAUUCAAUUGCAACUUAAAGAAAGUCAAAAUGAAAUAUUUGAACUUAAACAAAUGAUUGAUAAUAUGAAUAUAAGAAAUUCAAAAAUCACUGACGAACAUGAACAAAUUAAUUUACAACUUAAAGAAAAACAAAAUGAAAUUCUUCAUCUUACAGCUUUUAUUGAUGAAAUAAAAGUAAAGAAUUUAACAACUAUCGAAGAACAAGAAUUAGUUAGAAAACAACUUGAAGAAAAACAAAAUGAAAUCAUUCAACUUACAAUUAAUAUUGAUGAACUAAAAGCAACAAAUACAACAAUGACGGAUCAAUGUAAACAAUUAAAACAAACUAUUGAAGCACUCGAAGAAUCACAAAUUAUUGAUCGACAAUUAUUAGAACAGACAAACAAAGAGAUCGAAAUACUCAAACAAAAUCUUUCCGAUGAACAAUCAAAUUCCAAUUCUUUAAAACAUACACAACAAUCAUAUGUCGAACGAUUAACUAUAGAACAUCAACAAAUAAUUGAGAAUUUAAAAUCUGAAUAUCUGUCAAUGAUUAAUGAAAAAAGUGAAGAAAUUGAUAAUCUUCAUCAACAAUUAUUAUUUCAACGUUCUGAAAUUGAUUCUCAUCAAGAUACAAAUGAACAUUUAAGAAAAGAACUUCAUGAAUAUGAAAAAAAAAUUUUACAACAAAAUAUUCAACUUGAUCAUUUACUUGAUGAACAAAAACAACAAUCACAAAUAAUAAUACGUUUAAAAAAUAUACUCAAUGUUGAUACAACUAAUGAUGAUGAACUUCUUGAACAAUUUGUACAUAAAAUGGAACAAUAUCAAUUAUUAAUAGCUGAAUCUAAACGUUUAAAUAAUGAUUUAAUUAAACAAAAAUCAGAACAAAUAAAUACUCAUAAUGAAUUACAGCAAUUAGAACAACAAUAUGAUGAUAUUAAAGAUGAAUUAAAUAAAACUAAACAAGAAUUAAUAAUAAAUAAAAAUAAAUAUGAAAAUCAAUUAAAUCAAUUAAAUCAAUCCUAUGAACAAUUACAAAAAGAUAAACAUUCAAUUGAUAUUCAAUAUGAAAAUAUUCAAUGUCAAUUUAUUGAUAAAACUAAACAAUAUGAACAACUUGAAAUAAAAUUUAAUAAAUCAUUAAUUGAAAAAGAUGAACAGAUAUUUCAAUGUCAACAAGAUUUUCAUCAACAAGAAAUUCUUAAUGAUAAACUUCAUCGUGAAUUAAAUGAUUUACAUGAUGAAUUAAAAACUAAAACAAAUGAAAUUCUUUCAUUACAAACAAAUCUUAAUAAAAUUCAACAAAUAUUACAAUCAAAAAUGGAUGAAAUUGAACAACUUUCACAAGAAAAAAUUUCGUUGACAGAAAAUAAUAAUCAAAAAGAAAAACUUUUAUUUGAACAAAAACAAUUAACGGAAGUACAUACAACAUUAGAAGAAAAAUUUAAUAAUAUUUUAUCAGAAAAAGCUGGAUUAGAAAAUCAAUUAGAUACAAUUAGAUUACAAAUGCAAACAACAGAAACAAAUAUGAAUAAGAGAAAACAAAAUAUAAAUAAACUUGAGCAAGCUGAAAAAAGAAUUAAAGAACUUCAGACUGAAUAUGAUUCGGUGCGAUCAGAAAUUGAAACAUUACAUAAUCAAAUUGUUUCAUUAAGAAAUACUAAUGAAGAAAAUAUUCGUCGUAUAGCUGAAUUAGAUUCUCAAAAAUUAACUUAUGAACAAGAAAAUAUUGAAAAAGAUCGACAAUUAAAAGAAUGUGAUGAAAAAUUUCAAGAACUUCAAUUAACUCUUAAACAAACUCAAGAAAGUGGAAUAAAAUUACGUAAAGCAUUACAUAAAAUGAAAGAAACUAUAACUAAUAAUGAACAAACACAUAAUCAAGAAUUAGAAAUUCGUUUACGUAUGGUUACUGAAGAAUAUGAACAGAAGUUAAACGAACAAGAAGCAGAAUAUAGUACAAAAUUAAAAUCUCUUACUAAAGAAAUGAAUUCACAAAUGGAAGAAAAAGAAAAACAAUUCAAUCAACAACAUCAAGAAUUAAUUGACAGAAGCUAUCAAAAUGAAAAUAAUAUGAAACACAGAAUUAUCGAAGCUGAACAACGAGCAUCAGUCGCUGAAGAACAAUUAAAAAACAAACAAAUAAAUCAACAUCUUAUACAAGAACUUGAAAAUCAAAUAAAUGAUCUUCAAACACAAAUCGAAAGCUUCAACAGUAGAGAAAACAUUCCUAUUCAAACAACUGAUCAUGCUGCUCAAACAAAUAUUGAAGAUUCAAAAUUACAUUCAUCUCUAACGAAUUCCAAUGAUACUUUACAUUCAUUAGUAGUUGAACCAACUGAAAUUGAUUAUUUAAAACAAAUUAUUUUUGCUUAUAUGACAGAAACUGAUCCAAUGACUAUGGUCAAAGUCAUUUGUGCACUGCUUCGUUAUACUGAUGAUGAAAAAUCAGUAAUCAUUGAACAUGAAAAAUAUCGUCAGACUCGUUGGUUAAAUACACCGAGAUAA